AUGCCUCUUGUGGAUUUGCUGCCCCAAGAAAGCCCCAGCAGCAGCAGCGCCCCAGCAGCAGCAGCAGCAGCAGCAGCAGAAGCAGCAGUUGCUGCUGCUUCAGAGGCAGCCGCGCCUGCUGCCCCGAACAACAGCCGACUCCCUGAAGACUCGCAGCCGCGGCCCGCCGCCGCUGCUGCAGCGCAGCAGCAACAGCAGCAGCAGCAGCAGCAGCAGCAGCGAAAAAGCCGCACAGAUGCCCCGCCGUUUGAAAAAGAAACAAGCCGCCCCAAGUCGGCCUCAGCAGCAGCAGCAGCAGCUCUGGGCUCUGUCCAUUUCGAACCCCCCGGCAGCUCUGAAGGGGCUGCCUCCAGGCCCAGUGCGCAGCAGCAGCAGCAGCAGCAGCAGCAGCAAAGGACACACGGCCCUGAGUUCGCUGCGCAGAGGCGCAGAGUCAAGAGACACUCGCAGCCGCUGCUUCAGGUCCAUUCGCAAAGUAUAGAAAAGCUGCAGCAGCAAAUUCCGAUUCAGCCCGUGGCUGCAGCCGCUGAGUUGACCCGGCAGCAGCAGCAGCAGAAGCAGCAGCAGCAGCAGCAGCAGCAGCAGCAACUUGCUUCUGCCCACUCUCACGGCAUUCGCUGCAGGUCCCAGGGAAGUCUGGGCCGCGCCCUCGACUUGCCGCGGCAGCACUGGCAGCUGCAGCUGCAGGGCCAAAGGACCCCGUUGCAGCAGCAGCAGCAGCAGCAGCAGCAGCGGCAGCAGCAGCGGCAGCAGCAGCGGCAGCAGCAGCACGAGCUGGCCGCUCACGAGGCGCUGCCGCGCAACAACUCUUUUCCAUUUUGUAAGUCCCCCUCUUUAUGCGGCCCUUCUUCUGGAGCAGCAGCAGCUGGCUACGGGCUGCCGCCGUGUGCAGCAGCAGCAGCAGCGGCAGCAGCAGCAGCAGCAGCACGGGCGAGGCCCUGCAGCCAUGGCGCUGCUCUUACCCGCAGCUGCUCCUUAAUGGACAAGGAGUGGGAGCUGCUGCGGUGGAGCAGCAACUUGGAUUCGCUGCAGCGCGGCAGCUGCUGCAUGCACGGCAGCAGCAGCUGCUGCAGCAACCGCCUGGGACACUGCAGCAGCAGCAGCCGCAGCAAAACCUUCAGCUUCCCAGGCAGCGGCAACCCAAGUGCUUACAGCCGCAUGCGCUCGGGGUCGCAUGCGCAGCGCCGCAGGUACUCAACGAGCUGCUGGCCUUUUAACAGAGCAGCAGCAGCAGCAGCAGCAGCAGCGGCAGCAGCAGCGGGGGCUGCUGCUGCUGGCUUCGGCGGCCAGCACGCGCACGCGCCCGGCUGCUGCCGCGCUGCAGCAGCUUCGUGGCAGCGGCAGCAGCAAGAAGAAGCAGCAGCAGCUGCUGCUGCAGUGGCCAGCCGAGCUGCAGCACGGGCAGCUUCGGACCUGCUGUGUCUGUACCGCUCUGCUGCUGGGGCUGGCAGCCCAGCAGCAGCAGCAGCAGCAGAAGCUGCAGCAGCAAAAGCAGCAGCAGCAACAGCAGAUGAGGACCCUGCCCCUGCCAGCGCAGCCACGGGGCUGCCGCUGGCAGCAAGGCCCUGCAGCACCUACUCCCGCUCUUCUUCGCUGUUCGUGCUGCAGCAGCAGCAGCAGCAGCAGCAGCAGCAGCAGCUGCAUCUGCAGCAGAGGCAACGCGCCUUUUCUACUCAUCAUUUUGGGGACAAAUCAUGGAGAGACUCUUCGAGCUCGCUGCUGCUGCCCUGCGCGGCAACUGCAGCAACUGCAGCAACUGCAGCAACUGCAGCAGCAGCAGCAACCCACAGAUCUUUCACAGCAGCAGCAGCAGCAAGGGGCCGCCACAUUUCAGGUGUGUCAGGGAGCUCGGGCAGCAGCAGCUGCUGCUGCUGCAGCAGCAGCAGCAACAGCAGCUGGGCCGCAGCCACAGUUGACACGUGCAGGGCAGCAGCAACCCCGCUUUAUGAGUAUCGCUAG